GAGGGUGUAAGUUAAAAGUCAAAAUUCAAAACAACAAAUCCAAACAUUUAUGAAGAAAAUAUUUUUAUUUAUUUUUGACAAAAAUUGAACAGGAUGGCCGAACAAAACAAUAGUAUUGAUAUGCUAGUGGAAAAAACUGAUUUACAAUAUAUGCUAGAGUUUGAAACUCAAAUAUUUUUGGAUGUUAUCCACAAUGAUGGGUUGACCUUAGCCUCAAAGGGUAUCAACUUAGAUUUGGUGCUGUUCAACAUAUUCAAAGUUUACUGUGACCCAGGAAACCUUGUUCUCAUCUUAAAUGCAACAGAAAAUGAGGAAAAAUAUUUUAAGGAAAAAUUGAAUGAUCCCAAUGUCCAUAGUGUUACAUUCCAAACAAACAUCAAAGAGAGAUUAGAUAUAUAUUUAUCAGGUGGUAUAAUUUUUGUAACAACUAGAAUAUUAGUGGUGGACAUGUUGAAAAAAAGAUUGCCCAUAGAAAAAAUAACAGGAUUUAUUGUUUUGAGAGCACAUACCAUAUUAGAGAGUUGUCAAGAGGCUUUUGUAAUUAGAUUAUAUCGUCAAAGUAACAAAACAGGUUUUGUAAAAGGAUUUUCCAAUGAUGUACAAAGUUUCACUGUUGGCUAUGGUCAUGUAGAAAAGGUCAUGAGGGCAUUAUUUGUGAAAGAGUUGUACAUAUGGCCAAGAUUUCAUUCAGCUGUAACAUCCAGUUUCAAGAAACACCAGCCAAAUGUAAUUGAGCUACAUAUUCCAAUUUCUGAAAAAAUGAAGAAAAUGCAGACCCACCUUCUAGAUUUGAUGAAUCUCACAGUGAAAGAACUGAAACGUAUAAAUAAGAAUGUUGAAUUACAGGAAAUAACUGUGGAAAACUGUUUAACUAAAAAGUUUCACAAGAUUUUACAAGCACAACUUGAUGUCAUAUGGAAUCAGCUGAGUAGAAGGAGUCUUCAGUUAGUUGCUGAUCUCAAAAUUCUGAGGCACAUAAUGAUAGUUAUGUUACACUCAGAUGCUGUCACUUUUUAUUCACUCAUAAGUCAAUACCGUACUAUGGAAUAUGCUCAAACUGCUACUUGGGUUCUACUUUCACCAGCUGAAUUACUUUUUACCCAAGUGAAUUCAUUUAUUUUCAACAACAAUAAAGAGUUUCAUCCUGAUUUCUGCCCAAAAUGGGAACCACUGCUUGAAAUACUCAGAGUAGAAGUACCAACACAAGUAAAGAAAGCUGGAAUCAAAGAAAAUACUAUAUUGAUUCUUUGUAGUGAUUACAAAACUUGUCAUCAAUUGAAAGAAGUUCUCACAAAUGGUCCACAUUUCUAUUUAUUCAUGAAAGCACUGAAAAAUAAAGUCCCUAUAAAAACUAUUAGCAAGACAUUCAGGGUAAAUGACAAAAUUCCUGAACGUAUUGAAAUACCGGCCGAGAAAAAAGUAGCGACUACUAGAAAUAAAAAGUUAAAAACAGCAGCAAAAUCAGAAGAAAGCCAAGGAAGCACAGAGAGUGAAUCAAAAAAAGAAGAUGAUGAUAGUGAUAUGCUGGAGGAUUUUCAAAACAGUUAUCUCUUGACCAUGAGUCAAACAAUCUGCAAUGUUUCCAAAGAUGAUUCUAAUCUUGAUGAGUCAACAUUCACAUUCGAACCAUUCACACAAAUGGAAAAUAUGAAUUUGACUCAAGCUUGCCAACAAAUUAGUGAACCAAAAGUCCUCAUCCAAACUUUCAAAGGUUCUGAUGAAUUUAUCAAUUUACAAAAUACUUUGGAAAAUGUCAAACCCAAUUUCAUAAUAAUGUUCCAUUGUAGCAUGAAAGCAGUUAGAGAAAUUGAGAUGUAUGAGGCACAUAGAGAUAAAUCAAUUCCUAUGCAGGUUUAUUUCUUAUUACAUGCUGACACUGUUGAAGAACAAAGCUAUCUAACGACACUUAGGAGAGAAAAGGAAGCAUUUGAAUUUCUCAUACAAACAAAAUCAACCAUGGUGAUUCCUGAAGAUCAAGAUGGUAAAUCGGAUCAAUGCUCGGCCUUGCAUAGAGACCUGCAAAGUCCUAAGAAAAACACGAGAGAGGGGGGAAAAGAUCAUGUUCCGAAAAAACAGUUGAUUGUAGUUGAUACCAGAGAAUUCAGAAGUCAAUUGCCCGCUCUGAUACACAAAAGAGGAAUAGAUGUGGAGCCUCUAACAGUAACUAUCGGGGAUUAUAUUCUGACACCAGACAUAUGUGUGGAAAGAAAAAGUUUAUCAGAUUUAAUUGGAUCUCUGAAAUCUGGAAGAUUAUACCAACAGUGUACCAACAUGUCUCGGUAUUAUUCUAAACCCAUGCUGUUGAUAGAAUUCGAUCAGAAUAAACAAUUUGGGUGGCAGGACAAUUUUGAUAUACAGCAGAAACUGUUACUUUUGACUAUGCAUUUUCCCAAACUGAAAGUAAUUUGGAGUCCAAGUCCAUAUGCUACAGCUCAGUUGUUUGAGGAAUUAAAAAUGGGUAAAGAAGAUCCGAAUGUAGAAUAUGCUGCCGCAAUUGGAGGGGAACAAGAUAUGGAUAUAGUCCAGUCAAAGUACAAUUCAAAUAUUUAUGACUUUGUGCAAAAAUUACCUGGAAUAACCUCCAAAAACAUAGAUAACUUGUUGAGGAAAGGUGGAAGCAUGGAUGCAGUUAUAGAAAAAUCAGAGGAUGAAUUGAAAGACAUUCUUGGAAACAGUACAGAUGCCCAAGCUCUUCAUUCAAUAAUCCACGAAAACCACAAACCUAAAGAAGAGGUAGAGCCUCCAAAACCCAAGGAUAGGUCAGGAAGGUUCAAGUAUUUGAAAAAAUAGAUAUUUUGUUAAUUUUAAUCGUAAUAUAUUUUUCUUAUUUA